GAGCUUUGAGGAAGGUAGGCCAGAGUGUAUGGACUCGCUUUCCCAUGAUGCUGCACGGCAAGACGCUGUUUUUGUGGCCGGAAUUACUGUUGACUAAGAUGGCGGCGGGUUUGGAGGACUCGUGAGUAGCGACAGACGUCGAGAAACGUUAUACAGAUGGCAGGGGAAACUGUUGAAAAGAGGGAACGGGAUUCUUCGCCUGUCAAAGAAGAGCGAAGACGCUCACGUUCCGCGGACCGAGAACGUGACAGAGAGCGUGACAGGAAAGGCUCUCCCCUUGCCAAAGACAGAAAACGGCACCGCUCCCGUGAGAGGAGGAGAGGCAGUCGAUCAAAAUCCCGGUCCAGGUCCAAGUCACCUGAGAGGGACCGGCGGUAUAAAGAGAGGGAACGAGACAAAGAGCGGGAGCGCAACAAGAAAGACCGGGAGCGUGAGAAAGACGGUCACCGGAGGGACAAGGAUCGGAAGCGCUCCAGGAGCACAUCUCCAAGUCGCAACAAAGACUCCAAAUCCAGGAAGGAGAGAGAUUCUCGCAGAGAUGAAGAGGAUGAUACAGCUAAGAAGGAAAAGGCUCAGCCACUGUCUCUUGAGGAGCUGCUGGCCAAGAAGAAAGCUGAGGAAGAGGCUGAAGCCAAGCCCAAGUUCCUUUCCAAAGCAGAACGAGAGGCUGAGGCCUUGAAACGCCGGCAGCAGGAGGUGGAGGAACGGCAGCGGCUGUUGGAGGAUGAAAGGAAAAAGAGAAAACAAUUCCAAGAGAUGGGAAGGAAGAUGCUCGAAGACCCCCAGGAGAGGGAGCGACGUGAGCGGAGAGAACGCAUGGAACGGGAAACCAAUGGCAAUGAAGAUGAGGAGGGCCGCCAGAAAAUCCGUGAGGAGAAAGACAAGAGCAAGGAGCUGCAUGCCAUCAAGGAGCGAUACUUAGGUGGGGUCAAAAAGCGGAGGCGUACUCGGCAUCUCAAUGACCGCAAAUUUGUCUUUGAGUGGGAUGCUUCGGAGGACACUUCCAUUGACUACAAUCCUCUGUACAAGGAGCGACACCAGGUUCAGCUGCUGGGACGUGGCUUCAUUGCUGGCAUUGAUUUGAAACAGCAGAAGCGGGAACAGUCACGUUUCUAUGGAGACCUAAUGGAAAAGCGGCGCACACUGGAGGAGAAGGAGCAAGAAGAGGCACGUCUGCGCAAGCUGCGUAAAAAGGAGGCCAAACAGCGUUGGGAUGAUCGGCAUUGGUCUCAAAAGAAACUGGACGAGAUGACAGACAGGGACUGGCGUAUCUUCCGGGAGGAUUAUAGCAUCACUACCAAGGGAGGCAAGAUUCCCAACCCUAUCCGUUCCUGGAAAGAUUCCUCCUUGCCCCCUCACAUCUUGGAGGUCAUUGACAAAUGUGGCUACAAGGAACCUACUCCUAUCCAGCGUCAAGCAAUCCCCAUUGGCUUGCAGAACCGUGACAUCAUUGGAGUGGCAGAGACUGGCAGUGGUAAAACUGCUGCCUUCCUUAUUCCACUACUGGUGUGGAUUACUACACUGCCCAAAAUUGACAGGAUUGAGGAGUCUGAUCAGGGCCCCUAUGCCAUCAUCCUGGCUCCUACUCGUGAGCUGGCCCAGCAGAUUGAAGAAGAGACCAUCAAGUUUGGAAAGCCCCUGGGCAUCCGCACAGUGGCUGUCAUUGGUGGCAUUUCACGUGAAGACCAGGGCUUCCGGCUGCGCAUGGGUUGCGAGAUUGUCAUUGCUACGCCUGGCCGUCUCAUUGAUGUACUGGAGAACCGUUACCUGGUACUGAGCCGCUGCACCUAUGUGGUACUGGAUGAGGCUGACCGCAUGAUUGACAUGGGCUUUGAGCCGGAUGUGCAGAAGAUCCUGGAGCACAUGCCUGUCACCAACCAGAAGCCUGACACAGACGAGGCUGAGGACCCCGAGAAGAUGCUGGCCAACUUUGAGUCGGGCAAGCACAAAUACCGACAGACUGUGAUGUUCACAGCCACCAUGCCACCUGCUGUGGAGCGCUUAGCCCGUAGUUACUUGCGCCGACCAGCUGUGGUUUACAUUGGCUCAGCCGGCAAACCACAUGAGCGCGUGGAACAGAAGGUCUUCCUUAUGUCGGAGUCAGAGAAGAGGAAGAAACUCCUGGCUAUUUUGGAGCAGGGCUUUGAUCCACCAAUCAUCAUCUUUGUCAACCAGAAGAAGGGCUGUGACGUGCUGGCCAAAUCCCUGGAGAAGAUGGGGUAUAAUGCCUGCACCCUUCAUGGUGGCAAAGGUCAAGAACAGAGAGAGUUUGCCCUCUCCAACUUGAAGGCUGGUGCCAAGGACAUUCUGGUGGCCACAGAUGUGGCUGGGCGUGGUAUUGACAUCCAUGAUGUGUCUAUGGUGGUGAACUAUGACAUGGCUAAGAACAUAGAAGAUUACAUCCAUCGCAUUGGUCGAACAGGACGAGCCGGCAAGAGUGGUGUAGCCAUCUCUUUUGUCACCAAGGAGGACUCUGCUGUCUUCUAUGACCUCAAGCAGGCCAUCCUGGAGAGCCCAGUUUCCUCAUGUCCGCCAGAGCUAGCCAACCACCCAGAUGCCCAGCACAAGCCAGGAACCAUCCUGACCAAAAAGCGGCGAGAGGAGACUAUCUUUGCCUGAGACCCACCGAGGAGCCCCUUGAGAGGCCCAUCUAACAGUGGCCAAGGGACAUCCCGGAUCCUGGACAAGACUUGAGAGAGAGAGAGUCCAAGCAUGAAGAUGCUCUUCCAGACUCAAGUGCUUUGUCUUUAAGGAAGCAGUGGCUUUCUUUUCUUCGUCAAAUGUAGGCACACCCACCCAUCCCUUGUGCUGUUGAUGUGACACCCAGCACAGAAUCCUGGACCAAAUAAUGGAGACUCCAGCCCAAAAACGUUAGAAGGGUCUUGAAAAUCCUGAUUGAACAUGUCUCUGGACUUUAUGCUUAUUGGAGCUUAUGUUUAUAUACUACCAAGGAAUACUAUUCACCCUAGAGUAAUGAGGCUGGGCUAACUGAAGCUGUGGCUAGCAGUUUCACUUUGCUGACUGGUGAUGCUUGAUAGCUUUAAGUUCCUGUGAUCUUGGCGUAGAUGUGCCUCCUGCCACCUGUUCCUUCUCGCUCCCUUCCUUCCUCUCUGAUCAGGCAAGACAAGGGUUUUGGCCCUGCCUGAGCAAAAAUUCAGGUUUUGGGCAUUUUAGCUAGAAUGCUUCAGGUCCUUGUUUCCUACUUCAAAGACAGACUUUUACUCUGCUUCCAAUCCUGUUUCAACUUGGUAAUUUCAGAGAGUAAAGGAGCAAGAUUUCUUGAAGAAGGCUUAUUUUAUCCAGAGACUAGCACUGGCCCCACACAGAAGGCUGGAGGUGAGGUGUGAAUACAGAAAGACUGGUAUUUUUCCAGUGAUAUUUUUGUGUUCCUAUAAAUCCAUGUGAAAUGUUGCUCAGGACUGUCUCUUACUGUUAAGCUUGGCUUGAUUCAGACAGUGUCCUCUAUGUAGAAGUAGUAUUCCUCUGCCAUGGUGUGUGCUGCUAUUGUGCCUUUUGAAUGCAGCAGCAGCAGCCCUAGAAAUGGGCAUUUAUGGGAUGGUCCAAUAGAAGUAAGACUGUUUUCUUGUUUGUGUGAGUGAGAGAACGUGCAGAAGGACCACAAAGUUGGGUUUGAAAUGGGACAGUAGGAGGGGUAGAAUAAAGGGGGCCCUUCUAUUCUAAAAGGAAGCUCUUAAACUUAACUUAAAAUAAAAAUUGUGUAGAAAUCC